UUGUUCUUUCUAGGGAGAUUACAUCAGACAUCCCGUCAUAUACGAGCUGUCCCACAAAUACGGCAUACCGACCGACAACCUGGUCGAGUCGCAGCUCCCUGGCAAGCUAGAAGAACUAAAAGACAUCAUCAAGCGCGAGAUCAGGAAGGAGUUGAAAAUCAAGGAAGGGGCGGAGAAAUUGAGAGGCGUAUCGACCGAUCGCAAAUCGCUCAGCCACGUUUCCACGAUCGUCAAAAACUCAAAUUUCAAAUUGACCGAAUUGAAAAAUGAACUCAGCGAAUUGGAGUCGCAGAUUAUCCUGUCCCAGGGACAGAGCACGCCGUCAUUGGCGCCCUCCAACGGAGAUUCCCUCAAUUAUUCGUCAUUGUCGAACCACAGUAUGGACAAGUGCAAUUCGAACUUUUAUAGUAAAAUAGAAAGCCUAGAGAAGCAAUUGAAUAUAGAAUUGAAAGUAAAGCAGGGGGCAGAGAAUAUGAUCCAAAGCAUCACUGGCAGAGAUAAAAAAUUAUUGUGGGAAGCCCAACAGAUGUACCAAGACUCGAAGAAGAAAAUAGAAUAUCUUAAAAUGAAAAUAACCAAGUUAAAACAUGACGCCGAUUCGAAAUCGCGCGGAUCUGUACAAGAUUUAACUGAAAACGGGGACGUUUCUCAAGGCGAAUUGCAGCCCCUGCUCGAUGAUAGGUUAGAAGAUUUGAAACAUAGACUUAGAGUGGAAGCAGCUGUUGUUGAAGGUGCCAAAAAUGUUAUUAAGCUAUUGCAGAAUAACAAUAAGGACAAGAAUGAGAAGAAAGCUCUUUUAGAGGCUCAAGAGAGUUUGCGGGCAAGCAGCAUGAAAUUGGAUCUACUGAAGAAAUCAUUAGAAUUGAGGAAAGCCGAACUGCCCGAGGAUUCUCCAGCGGCUCAACAUUUGAAAGAAGAAUUGGCUAAUGCUCAAUCGUUUAGUCCGAUGACUGUGCAUUAUACGAGCCUUCAACCGUUUAGAGUCAAUUCGAAUACAGGCAACAAAUUGGUGUCCUCUUCGAUGCUCAAUAGAUGCGCAGCUGUGACGGGUACCCUUGAAGUAAGACUGAUGGGUUGUCAAGAUCUCCUCGAAGACGUUCCGGGUCGACCGAAGAAGGAAUCCGACAGCAGUUCCUCGCCGAUGGAUUUGAGGUUUUUCAAAAAAUCGAAGAGCUACAGCAUUAAAGAGGAGGUGAGCGACGAGAUAAUGGCGGUACUGAAAUUAGAUAACACCACCGUGGGACAGACGAGUUGGAGACCGUGUUCUCAGCAGGCUUGGGAUCAAAGGUUUUCUAUUGAAUUGGAUAAAUCCAGAGAACUAGAAAUUGAUAUAUAUUGGAAAGACUGGAGGUCGUUGUGCGCUGUUAAGUUUUUAAAAUUAGAAGAUUUUAUAGACAAUGAAAGACACGGCAUGGCGCUACAUUUGGAGCCACAAGGAUUAUUAUUUGCGGAGAUAAAGUUUUUGAAUCCAAUGAUAUCCAAGAGACCGAAGCUUCAAAGGCAAAAGCGUAUUUUCAAACAAGGUCUGCCCAGAGCGAAGCAAAUGAACAUAAACAUCGUCACCUGGGGUAGAUGGAUGAAGCAAUCUUCUCGAAUGCCCAGUCGACAAAAUCUCGUAUUAAAUUCCACCGAAAACGUUACCGAUGAUCUCGUGGUAGAAGACAAACCAGAAACGCCAGGAGAAACGCCCGAUCCUCAGGUCGCCGGUUUGGGCGGCGCGAGACCGCUAGGGCUGCAAAUCGACCUGGCCCACGCCCGGCAGGAGCCGGUCUCUCCGCCUUCUCCGUCCGUGCCGCCGCCGAUCGCCAAAAAACGAAUGUCUUUGACGCCGCCGCCGGUUCCGCCGAGGCUCGAUCCAGAAAGCGUCGCGGCGCUGAAGGAAUUUGACUUUCUGGAGGAACAGGAGACGUGUCGUCCGGUACCUCUUCUGAUUCCUUCGUCUCCUGCACCUUCUACGCCUAUACUUUCUCCUGAACAGUUGGUACCGCCUAGCCCACAGCCCGUUAUCGAAUUCCCAGACGACGAGCCUUCCUACGAUGCAGCAAAUGUAAUCAGACGUCCGCCGGCUAGAGAACUGAAUUACAGAGAUAGCGCUUACGAGUCUAAGAGACAUUCUCAAACCACCGGUUUGACCGUCGAUAACUUCCGAUUAAUAAGCGUCCUAGGUAGAGGCCACUUCGGCAAAGUGAUCCUGUCCCAAUACAAGAACACCGGCGAAUAUUUCGCCAUAAAGGCGCUGAAAAAGGGCGACAUCAUAGCGAGGGACGAGGUGGAUUCGCUGCUGUCCGAGAAGCGCAUAUUCGAAGUGGCCAAUUCGAUCAGACACCCGUUCCUGGUCAAUUUGUUCGCGUGCUUCCAAACGGACGCGCACGUUUGCUUCGUGAUGGAGUACGCGGCGGGCGGCGAUCUGAUGAUGCACAUUCACGCCGACGCCUUCAGCGAACCGAGGACGGUGUUUUACGCGGCCUGCGUCGUUUUGGGUUUGCAAUACCUGCACGAGAACAAGAUCAUCUAUCGCGACUUGAAGUUGGACAAUUUGCUGUUGGACACCGAGGGCUACGUGAAAAUAGCCGAUUUCGGGUUAUGCAAGGAGGGCAUGGGCUUCGGCGAUCGCACGGGCACUUUCUGCGGUACGCCCGAAUUUUUAGCGCCUGAAGUCUUGACGGAGACUUCGUAUACUAGGGCGGUCGAUUGGUGGGGGCUCGGUGUGCUUAUAUUCGAGAUGUUGGUUGGUGAAUCGCCUUUCCCUGGAGACGAUGAAGAGGAAGUUUUUGAUUCUAUUGUCAAUGAUGAAGUGCGCUAUCCUAGGUUUCUAUCUUUGGAAUCCAUAGCUAUUAUGAGAAGAUUGUUACGCAAGAGUCCUGAUAGAAGGUUAGGUUCUAGCGAAAGGGAUGCUGAAGACGUGAAGAAACAAGCGUUUUUCAGACACAUUCAAUGGGAGGAAUUGUUACACCGUAGAAUCCAGCCGCCUUUUGUACCCACUGUGAAUUCAAUGGAAGACGUGAGUAAUUUCGAUGAGGAAUUCACGUCGGAAAGACCUCAAUUGACUCCGCCGAAGGAACCGAGGCCGCUUUCUCACCAAGAUCAACAUUUGUUCAGAGAGUUUACUUACAUGGCCGACUGGUGCUGA